AGAGCCAGAGAUGUGGAGGGAGAGAAAGAAGGAAAACAACUAUGGUGAGGCACCACUACACCCCAGGUAGAUGUGGGCACGGUGCGGGGACGGGAGGGAAAUGAGAGACGGGACGUGCUUCUCCAUGGCCGCAGGCUAUUGGGGAAGGACAAGCAAGCUUAUGUUUCCAGGGUUUUCUUUUCCAGCUCUUACAUAUGUAUCCUCAGAGUACAGAAGAUGAAAGCUUUGCCCUACCAAAACCAUCAACCCCAUUCUCUGUCUCUCACCACAGUGGCACCAUAAAGAGGGCAGGACAUGAGUUACACAGCCUUGGACUAGCUGCCGUGAAACUUACAGCCUGAAGCGGGUAUUCCCCUUCCCAGGCACGGGGGGAGCCGCCCCGUGGGGAUUCCAGGGCCCGAGCUCCGGGAUCUGGACUCGCAGGAGCUGCGGCAGAGCGAGCGCGCCGGGGAGCGUGGAGGCGGCCCUCCCGCCGGGGCCCAGCUGCCCGGAGUGGCUGGUACGGCCCAAGCCAUGGCGGCCGCCGGGUGGCCGCUGCUGCUGCUGCUGGCUCUGCUGGUGCUGUCCCCGUCACGCCCGGAAACCGGAGACAUCGUCCUGAAGGCGCCCACCCAGGUGCACGGCUUCUUGGGCGACUCCGUGACGCUGCCCUGCCAGCUGCAGCUGCCCAGCACGGAGGUGACGCAUGUGUCACAGCUGACUUGGACGCGGCUCGGUGACUCCCGCAGCGUGGCCGUCUUCCACCGUACUCAGGGUCCCAACUACCCGGAGUCCGAACGGCUGGAAUUCGUGGCCGCCAGGCUAGGGGCGGAACUGUGGGAUGCCUCGCUGAGGGUGUUGGAGCUGCGCGCCGAGGAUGAAGGCAACUACACCUGCCUGUUCGUCAUGUUCCCGCAGGGCAGCAGGAGCGCGGUUACCUGGCUCCGAGUGUUCGCCAAGCCCCAGAACACAGCUGAGGCUCAGAACGUCCAGCUCACCGGAGAGCCUGUGCCCGUGGCCCGAUGCGUCUCCACAGGGGGUCGCCCGCCUGCCCGAAUCACCUGGUACUCAGACCUGGGCGGGAUGGCCAAUAUGAGCCAGGAGCCAGGGCUCCUGUCUGGCACAGUCACCGUCACCAGCCUCUGGAUUUUGGUUCCCUCAAGCCAGGUGGAUGGCAAGAAUGUGACCUGCAAAGUAGAGCAUGAGAGCUUCGAGAAGCCUCAGCUGCUGGCUGUGAACCUCACCGUGUACUAUCCCCCAGAGGUAUCCAUUUCUGGCUAUGAUGGCAACUGGUACCUUGGCCAGACUGAGGCCAGCCUGACCUGCGAUGCUCACAGCAACCCAGAGCCCACAGGCUAUGAGUGGAGCACAACCAUGGGUCCUCUGCCACCCUCUGCUGUGGCCCAGGGCGCCCAGCUCCUCAUCCAUCCUGUGGACAAGUCAAUCAACACUACUUUCAUCUGCAACGUCACCAGUGCCCUAGGAGCUCGCCAGGCAGAACUGACUGUCCAGGUCAAAGAGGGCCCUUCCAGUGAACCCCCAGGCAUGCCCAAGAACAACAUCCUCCUCCUGAUUCUGGGACCGCUGGUUGUUCUGGCCCUGCUGGGGGGUGGGCUUUAUUUCUAUUGGUCCAGACGUUCCCGUAAGUUCCUUUGGCGUUGCCAUCUGUCUCCACGAGUGAGCAUCACCAGAGCUGCCAUAAUGGAGCACCUACUGUGUGCUUGGCUCUGUGCUAAGCCCUUCCCGUGUGCCUCUCACUGAAUCCUCACCCCAGUGCCAUGAGGUUUUCCCCAUUUGACCAACGAGGGUGCAGAACCAGGGAAUCCCGUUCACUGCUUCACUGAUUACAUUUACAAGUAUUUACAGAGUGGGA